AGAAAAUUUUUUUUAUAAAAAUCUAAAAACUUUCGAGUUAUCGAUUGAGUGUAAUCGAUUUAUCAAUAUCGAUUACAUAAAGUGUCCAUGUUGGUUUUGUUGAGUUUUGUUUUGUACAAACAAAUUGUUGGGGUAAAAAUUAAUAAAUAAUUUUAAAAAAUUCAAAUAUUUUACUGAGUGAUAAUUAAAUUUAAAUUUUUAAAAAAAUGAAUAAGUCACCAUUUAGUACACCACGUGGUCGUCAUCAGGGACAAAGUGAAUAUUCACCUAAACCUUAUUAUCGUAAACAAAGAGGUUACUGGAAUAAUAAAAAUAAUGACGCUAAUUCUAUAUCACCGACAUCAACGACAAAUAAUGAGCCAUUAAAUACCAGUGGUUCAAGUGAUGAUUAUAUUCCAUUUAAUAAUAAUUUACCAUCGCCAUUUAGCAACAGUUUACCUUCACCAUCGCUCUCAUCUCCGUCGUCAACUUUGUCACCAUCAUCGCCAUUUUAUCAUACCCAGAAACAAACAGGACAAUUUUAUGGACAACAUCAACGUUACUCUCUUGGUAGAAAUGACAGUCCUGGUUCCAGUCCACGUGGUAAUUUUAAUAAAUCGUUUUCACCAAAAUUUAAUCCACGUUACUCACGUGGUAGGAAUUCGAAUCAUUACCAAGGAAAAAAAGAAAGUAAUGGAAAUAGUUACGUACAUGAAUCAUUUUUUGAAGAUCCUUGGAAAGAUUUAGUAGAACAAUGGGAAAAAACCAGGUCUAGAAAUGCUGAUAAUGAUGAUGAGGAAGAUAAGAGUCAGGGUGACGAGAGCUUGAGUAAAAGCAAACUUGAUGAUAGUUCUUUUUGUCAGAGUCAUUUAGAUGACACCUCAUUUAAUGACAGCGAUAAGACUGACUCUGAUUGUAAGGACGUCGAUUCCCAGGAUGAAGGAGUUUUUCCACUGUCCCAGGAGGGAAUCGAUGAGGAUUUAGAAACUGGAGAUGUAAAUUCAGAGGAGAAAAUUCUAAAUGACGAAACUGACUGUCAAUCUUGUAAAUGAUAGCAAGCUGGAGGUCAUUGUAAUUAAUUUGAUUGGCUAAUAAUCUCUUCAAUGAGACUUUUAUGGCUGUGACGAGAUUACAGUGUAAAUAUAUUGCCGAUAUGUGCAAUUCUCUCCAAAUAUGUACAUAAUUAACUUGAAAUUAAUCAAGAUUUAUAUGAGAAUUGAUAUUUUCAUAAAUGCUUGUAAGACAUUGUGUCCAUUAUCUCAUUUCUCAUUUUGAGAAUUCGUUUUUCUUAUUUUUUUUUUUUCUUAUUCACUGAAAUUCAAAUUAAAUUAAUUUUUUUUUUUAAAUAUGAGUAAUUAUUUACUCGGCAAUAAUUUACUGUAAAUAUUAUUUUAUAAAUUUAUAAAUAAAUAAUUAUAGAAACAUGAUAAAUCAUUUUUUAAUAAGAAAUUUUAUCCCAAACUUCGUAAUUAAUUUUAUUUUUCAUUACCGGUUUUUUUUGUUUCAAAUUUCCCGCGGAUUUUUAAAAAAAAUUCAAAUUUUUUAAAAAUUAAAUUCUAUUCAGAUAUAUAUUUUUUGUUUUAUUGCUGGAAAAAACUCGGGUGACACUAAAAUCAGCACUCCAAUUUUUCGGCGGGAAAAAUAAAAAAUUUAAAAAUCAUAAAUUUAUUUGAAAAAAAAUGGCAAAUAAAUUUCGUUUAACAAAAAAAAGAUGAAUUAAAAAUACUACUAAGAUUACUUUUGUUAUAUUUUUUUAUGAUAA